GCUGACAUCAGCAGAAAUCGAUGGGUGCCCUUCACGAAGGACGACUUUGCUGAUGACGCCAUCCAUCACCACGAAUGAGCGAGAACUCAACGUAAGCCACCAACCAGCCACCCAGUCAGUGUUUGUGUGCAGCAAGAAGCAACAUUGCACACACGAGCAAAGAGGCUGCGCAGAAUAAGAGCUGCCUGCCUGGCUGUCUCCAACCUCCAUUUUCCCUCAACAACAACAAGCGAUACACGCACACGAACAAACGCACAAGCACACACGAACAAACGCACACGAGCACGUACACUUCCCCCUCCCCCUCUUCUACUCCCUCAACACAGCAAUGACGACAAGUUCGCUUACGCUGGCGCUGGUGGCGGCUGUGGUGGUGCUUGGCACAAGCAUGCACGCGACCGAGGCCAUCGAUGUGGUGCCCAACCUGAACGUGACUGCGUACCUUGGCCGCUGGUACCAGAUUGCCGACGACUUCUCCUCCGCUGCCACCUUUGAGAAGGGCGCGUGGUGCGUUGCCGCAGACUACGGCCUGCGCUCCGACGGCAAGAUCAGCGUCUUCAACCAGCAGCGCACCGGCAGCGCCACGGGCCCUCCGGGUAACAUCAAGGGUUACGCGUACGCCCCCAACCCCAGCAUCCCCGCCAAGCUCAAGGUCCACUUUGACGUCGCCCCGAUUGACGGGCCCUACUGGAUUGUGGCCGUCGGCCCGCGCGUCCCCACGGGCAACGCCAUCUGCGACCCUUGCUACGACUACGCCAUUGUCACCGACGAGGCCAAGAUCUCCCUCUUCGUCCUCACCCGCGACGUGAACCGCUACUAUGCCAAGUACAACGAGACCGUGACCAACUUCCUCGACACCAACGGCUUCAACAAGCCAUGGAACAGGCCCAUCUACACCAACCAGCCACCCCAGUGCACAUACAGCCCUCCUCCACCUCCUUCUUUCGAAGCCUGAGCAUGAAUGUGCAUGUGCAUGUGUGUGUGUGUGCGUGUGCUUGAGUGAUUCAGCGU